UGAUUAGUGGUGGGCAGCGCAGAGACAGAUUAUACGGCUCCACGCAACUGUUGUUUUAAUCCCCUGGAAGAAGAGAUUUAGCAAGAAAAAAAAAAACCCACUGCCUUUAAACCCAGCAGCCAUAUUGUAUGGAAAAGCGACGACAAGACUCCACUUUUCCUCACAAGCCUCCUGCCAGGACUUUUGGGGAGUUUUAAAUUUCCUCUCACCGGCGAUUGGGUUUGUGUUGCACGGCUAGCUCUGCAGCUGGCUGAGGAGCACAGGCGCUGGGCUCGCUUUCCCAUCCAGUUUGGUGCGAUAUUAAGGCCGUUUUUGUUGGCGUGCGAACUGUUAUAUUAAACAGCUGAUAAUGAAGGACCGACUGGAGCAGCUGAAAGCGACUUGUGAUCAAGAUGACGACGAGGUGGAGAUCGCUGUGGACAACGCAGCCUUCAUGGACGAGUUCUUCUCUCAGAUUGAGGACAUCAGGAACAGUAUUGAUAAAAUUGACGAGAACGUGGCUGAAGUCAAAAAGCUUUACUCGGUCAUCCUGUCCGCUCCCACGUCAGAUCAGAAAACACAGGAUGACCUGGAAGCAAUCACCAACGACAUCAAGAAGAUGGCCAACAAUGCAAGAAACAAACUCAAGACCAUUGAGAGAAACCUGGAGUCAGAACAGCAGGAGAGAGUGUCUGCUGAUAUACGGAUACGUAAAUCACAGCAUGCAGUGCUGUCCAGGAAGUUUGUGGAGGUCAUGACUAAGUAUAAUGAAGCGCAGGUGGAAUUCAGGGAGAAGAGUAAAGGACGUAUUCAGAGACAGCUUGAGAUAACUGGAAAAGCUACAACAGAUGAAGAGCUGGAGGAGAUGUUGGAAAGUGGAAAUGCUGCUGUUUUCACUGCCGGGAUUGUGGACUCUGGGAUCUCAAAGCAAGCCCUGAGCGAGAUCGAGUCCCGGCAUAAAGACAUCGUCCGUCUGGAAAGCAGCAUCAAGGAGCUUCAUGAUAUGUUUGUAGACAUCGCCAUGCUGGUGGAGAGCCAGGGCGGGAUGAUCGACAGGAUUGAGAGCAACAUGGACCAGUCGGUGGGCUUCGUGGAGCGAGCCGUUGCCGACACUAAGAAAGCGGCCAAGUUUCAGCAAGAGGCCCGCCGUAAAACUGUGAUUAUAGUGGUGCUUGUGGUGGUCUUACUGGCAGUGCUCGCUCUCAUAAUCGGGUUGUCAGUAGGACUGAAUAAACCAGCUGCUUGAGUAAAGGAGGAGCCGCUGGUGAGUAACUUUGGAGAAAAUGGCCAGCGUAGUGCUAUAGACCAGUGUGGGAAUGAGGCGUGCUUUGGGAAACGGUUUUCUUUGGGUCCUGGGAGUUUUAUUGGACACGUGUGCAUGUUAAGGUUUCUGGUACAUGACUGUGCGUUGGUGGUGGGCUGGUUUGGUCUCUGGGAGGGUGAGUCGAACACUCCUGCACUCAGUCAUUAACUCUUCAGUCAUUUUUGUCUCUCUGUGUCUCCCUUUCUGUAGAAGAUGAUCUUCAUCGGUGUAUGCUGUGCUGUGGUUUUAGUCGUCAUCCUCAUCAUCAUCCUCACCCAGACACUAUAAUAGGAUCGCUACCAUCAUCAUCAUCACCACCACCAUGUGUUUACUUCAUCCGGCUCGUCCAUUUUGUUCCUCGUCUGCUCCAAAAACCACCGAUGCAAAAUCACUCCGUGUGGAUCAGUGCUGCUCACCUGGUGCCAAAAGAGGAAGAUGGUGACCUUUUCUGACUGGACAAUCUACGGAUGCUCUGAUGAGGAAAUGAGACUUGCUUACAUCUCUGUGGAAGCAAAAAAAAAAAAAAAAAGGGAAUUGGGAAACGUAACUGACUGAUCACUCCGCGGCCGCUGAACAUUUCACCGUUUUUAACAUUUGAUGCCAAAGAAGCGCCCCUCUGUGCGUUUGUCUCACACUGGAUCACUUGUCCCUCCCCGGAUCCCGUACUUCUUCCCUUAAACGAGCCUCGACACAUUUAUACUUUAAAAGCUACUGAAUGUCCACCACUCCAGGUUAUGGUUGGUUUUUAGGGAGUUCCAGCACUUUCACUGUUUAAAAGAAACAAACAAACAAACGCAUCAUUAAAUUAAGCUUAGAUUUAUGUAACUAUAUUGUAAAUAAUAGAAGUCAUUUAUUGUGCGCUUUUGACACUCAGCCUCGUAAGAGUCUAAGUUCUUGAAACUGUUGGUUUUAAAUAUGAAGGAUCACACAUUUCAGCGACAUUUAGAAGAAAAGACUAGAAAGAAAUCCUUUAUCUGGAGAUGGUGCCUUUAAGUUUAAACUUGUCAAACCAGCUAACGUGCGUAGACUUGACUGCAAUACAAACUGGUAAUGUGCUACGGAAGAGUUUCCAGAGGCUAGAAUUAACACUAUUAAAUGUGUUUUCUGUUCAACAGGUUUUUACAUAAAAAGGGAUUAUUAAGUCACGAGGAAAGUCUCUCUAGCAGCUCUUUUUAGGUGUAAAAAUGACUGUUUCCACUGUAAAUGUACAGCUAAGCUGCCGGUUUAUUAAGUAUAUCCGUUCAAUUUCCUGUUAGAAUAUUCAAGGCAAUUACAAUAUUAUUGGAUUGAUAUUUUGUCAUCGAAAAUUAAGCAGAACUUCAACGAAUCAGGUGUAUUUAUAUAUAAAUGGAUUUUGUAAGGACAAAACUAACAUGGUUGAGCUUUUUUUUUUUAUUCAAAAUGUUAUUUGUAAUGAGAUGAACUUUAUAAACUGGUAGCUAAGUUGAAGUUUUAAUUUAAUCACCGUUGCUUUACUGCACAGUUAAUAUUCCAGACUGACAGUUUACGAAACAUUAACUAAUAUUUAGCAUUUACGGUAAAGAUGAUGGUUCUAAGUGUGUUUGUGUGUAUAUAAAUGUAAGAUUUGAUUUCAAUCAGUUAAGAGCCAAAAGCAUUUUCUUUACAAGAGUCUGUAUAUUCACACUUGCAGGAAAUACUUGAAAUCAGCGUCCAGCAUGGUUUUUGUGGCCAAGCAGGUCACAGAAGGAUGGAUGGGGGGGAGAAUUAAAGCUGUUGCACAUUUUUCUAUGUUGAAUAUUUCAAAAGAAUUAAAGAUUAGUAUUUUUUAAGCCCGA